AUGGAUGGACGCGACGCGACGUGGGUCACUUCUAAUGAGUCCAAGGAACGUCCGGCUUACCGACGAGUUGUCGAGUCGGAGCGAGUGGAGACGCGAGGAGGACAAGUAUUUGGUCUCACGCUUUAG